AUGGAUUGUUUACAACUUCCAACGUUGCACCAAAAAAAUAACAAUUUGGUUAAAAUAGCACCGAUUGUCAGUUCUGAUCUCAUGCUAGCGCGCAAGGAAUAUGCCAUGGCAUCUUUGGAUGCUGACACCAUUCCACCACGGUCCAAACGCGCUGCCUCUAGAAUACUACCGCUUCUUACUAGCGUAUCAUACGGUGAAGGGGCAUUUUUACGACCUUAUUCCCCCUCGGAAUCCUUAAAAGGCCUCGAAUACAAGCAGCGCGCGUUAGAGCAAGAGGAGGCAAGACAUUUAUUGUUUCGUCAGGAGCGCAAGCAGCGCGCUUUGCUUGUAAUUUCCGAAGCCGAUGAAUACCAACCAUUGAAGUUUUAUCAUGAAAGUAACCGUAUCCGAUUAGAUCAAGAAAAUGAAAUUCUCUGUCAAGCUCGGGCGCGUGCGGCGGAAGAAGCUCAUGAACAGCGUGUUUUUCACCACCAAGAGGUGGAGGAGUUGAAAAAUGACGAACGGCAAUCCCGCGCGCAGCUGGCGAGGGGGGAGUGGGAAAGUCGUAGCUUUAUCACCUCGUUGCACGAGCUACGCCGUUUGGAGAUCGAAACAGAAGGGUUAAAAACAAAAACGCAGAGUGCCGCGGCGAUGCAUUCCCGCGCGGUGGACGUCCGUGAGCGCGAGCUCGCCGUUUCUCAAAUCUCCUAUCGACCUCCCAAGCGGUUUCAUCUCUUGCUCACCUCGGAUCCUUUUCGCGCGGUGCGUCUUGUCGACGAAGCGGAGGAAGGUCGCUGGCGGAUGCACCAACGUGAAACGCGUCUGGCGUUUUUCGAGGAGGAAUUUAGGGCGAGGCAAGGGCUGUUCGUUCGAUAUCAGCUCCACUGGGCCGCGUUGGAUUGCCUCAAAGGCGCUGCCCUGCUCGCCUUGCAGGUGGAGCCCCUCGCUCGCCAAACGUUGGAGGCGCUUUUCAAUUUUGGGGGCUGUCAGGCCCGUUUGGCUGCGAUCGUGCUCAUUCAGCGAUGGUGGCGUUUCGUGAAACGACGGUCGUGGUCGGAAUGGCGUCGUGAGGCGCUGGCAGGCGACCUGGCGAGAAUCCCUGAACCGCCACGAUCGGGUUUCGCCACCCCAUCGAGGAAUCCACGAGUGGGGGACGAUGGGGGGGUGGAUUUAGAUACCUUAUCGAGGGCUGCCGAGCGGUAUCGUUACGAUAUUAUGAUGGAUUGGUAUCUUUACACUUUAGGCGCGCGAGUGGCGUCCUUUCUCAAGAUGCAGCAAUACACGUUUAAAAUGGCGAAGUCGCGUCGUUCUCGGGAUGCCGCGGCGCAUGGGAUGGAAGGAGAGUUGUUGGAAUCCGCCACGGAGGAUUGCUUUCACGCGCUUUCGCAGAACACGUUGCUUGGACGUUGCCGAACACGUUUUCCACUUCCUUACGAUUCGUGGCGGCGCACCCGAUGGGUGGCGGGGUCGUUAGAUAAAUCAGCCCUAUCUCACACCCAAUCGGAGCUAGAAAAAGAGCAGAUUGGCAGUCCUUGA